AUGAGUGGACCACAGAAUCUUUCGUUUGUCCUUGCGAAACCGUUGGACGUUAAAUUCGAGGACCGACCAAUCCCGGAACUCAAGGACCCUCGAGAGGUACUUGUCAGAGUUCGCGUAACUGGUAUUUGUGGUAGCGAUGUUCACUAUUGGCAACAUGGUCGAAUCGGAGAUUUCAUCCUCAAAGCUCCCAUGGUUCUGGGUCACGAGUCUGCUGGAGAGAUUGUCAAAGUGGGGUCCGCAGUGACAGACCUUCAGCCUGGCGACAGAGUGUGCAUGGAACCCGGUGUCCCAUGCAGACACUGCCCCGAGUGCAAGUUUGGCAAAUACAACCUGUGCCACGAUAUGCGCUUCGCUGCCACUCCUCCAUAUGAUGGUACCUUGGCAAAAUACUAUGUCCUUCCUCAGGAUUUCUGCUAUAAGCUACCAGAAAAUGUCAGCUUGGAAGAGGGUGCUUUGAUGGAGCCAUUGAGCGUUGGUGUUCAUGUCGUCAAGCAAGCCCAAGUCAAGCCAGGAGACAGCGUUGUCGUCUUCGGUGCUGGCCCGGUCGGUUUACUCUGCUGUUCAGUUGCAAAGGCGUUCGGAGCAACCAAAGUUGUUGCUGUCGAUAUUGUCCCAAGCCGUCUUGAGUUCGCAAAGAAGUAUGCUGCCACUGGUACAUUUCAGCCAACGAAAGAAGGGACACCGGCAUCAAACGCUGCCCAGAUUAUCAAGGAGAACGGGUUAGGCGUCGGAGCUGAUGUCGUCAUCGAUGCCUCUGGUGCAGAACCUUCGAUCCAGACUUCUAUCCAUGUAGCCCGGAAUGGAGGUACUUUCGUCCAGGCUGGCAUGGGCCGCCCCGAUAUCACAUUCCCGAUAACCGCCCUCUGUGUUAAAGAGUUGACGGUCAAGGGUAGUUUUAGAUACGGUGCUGGGGACUAUAAGCUGGCGGUUGAGCUCUUGGCGCAUGGAAGGUUGAGUGUUAAAGAGCUGAUCACCAAGGAAGUCAAAUUUGAGGAUGCUGAAAAGGCUUUCGAGGAGGUUAAGAAUGGCAAAGGCAUCAAGAUCUUGAUCCGUGGGCCGGAGGACUAA